GCCUGCAGUAUUGCAGUGGAGUUCGGAGUAGUCGGAACAUGCUGCCGGGGCCGUGUGGAGCUACCGAAGUGUCCCGGAAAAGAGGUGCUGAGCCGGGCCUGCUGCCGAGGCACGUCUCGGAGAGGAAGCGAGCCUGCUGGGGAAUUCUGACCAGCCAAGGGUCGUGGGCAGAUCGGUCUCCUCUCCAUGAAGCAGCUUCUCAGGGUCGGCUGCUCGCCCUGCGCACUCUGCUGGCCCAGGGCUAUCACGCCAACAUCGUCACCAUCGAUCAUGUGACUCCUCUUCACGAAGCCUGUCUAUCAGGACACGUGGCCUGUGUCAGAGCGUUACUGAAUGCUGGAGCUAACGUGAACGCUGCUACCAUCGAUGGCGUCACUCCUCUGUACAACUGCUGCACGUCGGGGAGCGUCGGCUGUGUGGAACUGCUGCUGCAGAGCGGCGCACACACACGUGCGCGUCACACACACUUCCCCUCAGCUCUGCACGAAGCCUGCAAGAGAGGUAACAGCCACUGUGUGGAGGCCCUGCUGUCUCACGGAGCAGAUCCAGAUCAGGAAGUUUCCCACCUGGGCUCUCCUCUGUAUGUGAGCUGUCUGCACCGACACACAGCCUGCUCGAAGGUGCUGCUGCACAGAGGUGUGAGUCUCCUUCACUGCAAAGCUGAUCUGAUUGGGCGAUCCAGACUGGACUUGCUCCCUGUGCUUCCUCUGCCCGGCCUGCUCACUCACUACCUGGACUACAGAAGCAACGAGCAGUGACGCCACCGUGCACGCCGACAUCACCGCUCUGUGGUUACACCGAGUCCGCCGAGAUUUCACACGAGAACACGCAGACCUGCUGCAUGCUGCACUCGCGCUGUUGCACAGCAGAUUACUUUCAUCGCCAUAACUGACGAUCUGUUUUUUUCACUAGGACUUUAGUUACAAUGGGGACAAUUUGUCUUUGUGUCUUAAACAGAAUUUGGUUGUUUGUCUUCCUUUGUUUAACUUUCCUAAUGACUCCUCGUGAACUUUAGGUGCUGAAACGACCGCUGUUCGCUCUGUUCAGGUCUCAGUCUGUAGGUCUCGCCUUAGCUUGGCGAUGGACAGUCUUCACCGUGAUUGAGCUGAGCGCCUGUUUCAGCCAUCAUUGUAGUUUCAUUGUUCAACUUCACCUGCUUCCAAGGGUCACGGAGAAGACAAAGAUGUGAUGACGUGAAGACUCCAGGGUGACCGACUCCAGGGUCAUCCUGGUGACUGGAUGCAUAUAUUUCAUGGAAACGUCCUGGACCCCAGUGUGAUGGUCCCGUCCUCCAUCAUUGCUGUUACCGUCUGAAUUCAGUCCAACACUGACCAGAACAAUACUGGAUAACCCUUCAUGACUUACUGAUGAUGAUGAUUUCACUUGUAUUUAUUCGUUUCACCUCAGCUUCGUGUGUAUUUUUUAAUCUUUCUGAGCUGCUUGUUUUGUGAUGUCAUAUUUAUUUUAUUGUUUUCAUGUUGUGACUGCUGUAAUGUGAUCAUUUCCCAACGUUUGGGAUGAAUAAAGUGUGUCAUAUCUAA